GGAUUGCAGUGAUAAUGACUUUACACCAGUAAUACAUGUAGUUGAUGCUGAUGACAUGAAUUCCCGAGAAUUAAAUGGUUGUUGGCCUGUUGCAGGUGAAUGUGUGAUUUCUGAUAUGGAGACAUCUGUCUCCCACCCAUGGCCAGAAGAUAUUUCAAGAGAUCAUGACUAUGGAGAGCAUACCCGUAUCAUACACAGUAACGCAGAUGCAUCAACUCAGACAGGUUUCAGCAUGACUGAUAUAGACAAUUUGCAGCAAAAAGCAAAACAGCUUGAUGAUCCAGAUACACUUCUGAGAGAUUUGUUUAUUGCAAAGGUGACAAAGAGCGACUCAAGUGUACAGCAAUACACGGGAAUACCAUCAAAGAGGAUUCUUGAUGGUACAUUUGAUAUUCUGAACAAAUCAUCACCAGAAUUAAAGUAUUGGGGUGGACAAAACAGUUCAACACCAAAAGCCUACCAAACCGAUCCUUACACACGGAAGACUGGACCAAAAAGAAAACUCUCUCGGUAUCAAGAAUUCCUCCUGACUCUCAUCCGACUGCGUAUGACCCUGACAAAUUUCGUACUGGCAGAUUUGUUUGCUGUUUCUUCUUCAAGAGUUUCCCAGAUCUUCACAACGUGGAUAAACUACAUGGCAAUCAUUUUUUCCCCUCUUAUUAAAUGGCCAUCUCAGGAAGUAAUCAAGAAAUUUAGACCCAGAUCAUUUAAACUCAAAUUUCCAAAUGUGACCAGCAUCAUCGAUUGCACCGAGUUUUUUAUCAUGAGACCUUGGAACCCUACAGCACAAUCUCAAACAUUUAGUACUUACAAACAGCACAAUACCUUUAAAGCUCUUGUUUCUAUAUCUCCAUCAGGUGCAAUAACUUUUGUUUCAAACUUAUGGGGUGGUAAUGUUUCUGACAGGCAUAUUACAAAAGAAUGUGGCUUCCUUGAUAUUGUGCGUCCAGGAGAUGAAAUAAUGGCCGACCGUGGAUUUGUCAUCAGAGACCUUCUUCUUAAGAAGAGAGCGAAGCUGAUCAUUCCUCCAUUUACUAGGAAAUGUGCAUGGGGUAAGGGCAAGCAUUUGUCUGCUUCAGACAUUAUCAAGACUAAGAAUAUUGCUCACUUUAGGAUUCAUGUAGAGAGAGCUAUUGGUAGAUUGAAAACUUUUCAAAUUUUGUCAAACACCAUGCCACUAAAUCUAAAACAUGUAGCCAAUCAAAUUCUUACUGUAUGUGCAUUUUUGUGCAAUCUUCAAAAACCACUUGUUAAGAAGUAAUUAUUAUGAGGGAGAAAAUGUUUCAGAUUUGUUCAAUGUUUAUUUAAAAAAAUCUCAAAUAAUUGUAUAGAAACAACUCGAC